AUGGCCGCCACGGCGACUAUAGCUACGCUCCCCGCCGAGAUCAUCCUCGAGCUGCCGCAGCACCUCGAGUCGAUCCACGACCUGGCGGCGCUGGCGCGGACCAGCGCGCGGCUGCACAGCCUGCUCAACGCGGAGCUCUACCGGCGCGACGUGGCGUCGGGGCUGCCCGUGGCGCCGUACUGGGCCGCCGAGACGGGCCAGCUCGCCACCAUCCGCCACUCGCACGCCGCCGGCGCCCGCCUGGACCGCCCGUGGUACUCGCACAGGCCGCGAUACAAGUUCGACGGUGACGGCAACGGCGACGGCGACGGCGAAGGCGACGGCAGCGGCGCCGCGACAUCACCCUACCGGCCUACAGUCGCAGUUCCCACCACCACGCCAGGACCCAGCACCGCGCGCAGCUUCCUCGACCUGCUAACCUCGGUCCCGUUCACGCCCGCCACGGACCUCCCGCCGUCGCUACGCUACUUCUUCUACGAGUGCUGGUGGCACGUACUCGACCUGGCCGCGUACCACGGGCACGGCGACGUGGUGCGGUUCGUCGCAGACGCGCUCGACGACGACGCGCUGGCCGCGCAGCUGCACCGGGAGGAGUCCUCGUGCGGGCUCUGCGCGCACUGCCCGCUCGAGGUCGACAUCUCGGCCAUCGUGGCCGCGGGUCUCGGCGGGUCCCGCGGCUUGCCGUCCACCACCCGCCGCGCUGGCGCCGGCCUGCACAGCGCCGCCACGCUCGCCACCUGCGCGGGCCACGCCGAUGUCGCGGCCCUGUUGUCACCUGAGGCGCUCGGCAGGUCCGGAGAGAACUGGCGCCGCGCGCAGGAGAGGGCGGCUGAUCCCGAGGGGCGCGAUGCGUCGAAGGAGGAGGUCCAGAAGCGGAAUCUAAGCCAUGCCCCGGCGGCGUUCGCGUACAGAGACUUUGUCCUGGAGGGGUUCUAGAACGGGUGUGUGUUGCGACUUGUGCUUGUAGUUAGUCCUGUCCGGAGGACAAAAUUACUGCGAAAUUCUGAAAAAAUUACCAUGUG